AUGGCCUCCACCACUUUGCGUGCUGUCACGCAUCGCUUGACAACUACUCCGGUUGACCAACUCCCCUCGAUUGCUGCAUUCCUCGCGGCCUCGCUGAGCGAUUGUGCCGAGCUCCUCUCGGCGCCACAAGCCCAAAAACCGGGCAAGGGGGACUCCGACCAUGCCGUUCAAAUUCACAAACUGAAAACUCGUCUGGCCAGUCUGCUGCAGGACCGCACCAUUGAGGGACGCUGGACUGCCGUGGUUCUAGUCAAGGCCACUGUCGAAGCAGGACAAUGGGAGAUCUUGCGGGGUUACGAGCCGAUCGUUCGCGGUCUGAUUGCUAUUCUGGCGAAACCCGACCCGGUCUCCACUCGAAAGAUGUGUAUUAUCACUUUGACUCGCAUUUUCCACCUAACAUACCAGUACCCGACAUUGGUCCGCGAAAUUACCACUCCGCAUCUGCCAGGUUUCGUUACUGCGGCCCUGAACCUGGUCUCGACGUUGGUCAAGACUCCUUCGGGGUCAAACCGGAAGCCGAAACCCAACACGCCUUUCAUGGAGAUUGUCCUUCAUGCCAUUCUUGAAUUGAUUCCUCGCCAUCCCACAAUUUUCCGUCCUUUUGGAACCCAGCUCUGGUCUCUGCUUGGGGACAUUCUUAGCUCAUCCUCGCAAGUGUACUAUCCCGAGCCAGUGUUGGAUGUGGCAGAGCAGUUGUUCGCUUCACUUUACAGAUGUGCGCCGAAAGACAAGUCGGGCCUGAGUUGGACCGACGAGUGCAAGUCGACCAUUUUGUCUGCACAUCGAGCCGCCGACCAUGUAUUCCGGGCUAUCGCAGAGCAAUGGGAGUCGGUGGAUCCGACCUUGGUUCACACAAAGCAGAACUACAGCAAAGAAUUGGCGGACCCGAGCGCUGAUGCCCUUGGAUUCCCAAGCUGGACAGGGAUUCAUCGCGGAACCGACAGGCUGGUUAUACUUCUGCGUAUUCUCUCUGAGAUUGUUUCCCUGCCUUCAGCUGCCACCGUCGCCAUACCCCUUGGCUCGAUUCUCGACUUGACUUCUCGGCUUACCGCCGUGACUAUCCCGCCGAAUGGCGAAGCUUCCCAGAAUGGCGUUCAAUUCAAUCCUCAGAUCAGCCGGGAUGAGCGGGAGCUGUUGUGGGCGGAGCUGCCUCGCAUUCAUAUCGCUUGUAUGGACCUGCUUGCCCAUGUAGUCGGUGUGCUGGAGACUAGCACGGCUCCAAUUUCGCAGAAUAUCCUGGAGCAAGUGACCUGGGUCUUUAAGAACGAGAAGUUCUGCAGAGACGUUCGCUUGGCUUCUUAUGACUUGCUAUCAUCUCUGUUGAAAUUGACUGGGCCUGCGAUGACGAAGCAAAGCGUAGCCUCCGCCGUGAACGUUCUUCGGGUCUGCUGCAAUGACCUGCUUCCGCAGUUCGAAGACGCUGCUGCGGCAGGCAAGUCGCAGACUGAUUCCAAGUCGAAGUCGAAGAGUGGUCAAGGCACAGCAAAUGCAGACUCGUUCUUGGACCCCGAGCUUCGGAAGAAGCAGCAAUUGAAAGCUGGCCCACAGUUCCCCGAACUUCAAAGAGCCGCAUCGGGGCUGUUGCACAGCGCAUUGACGUAUACUCCGGCUGGCCUCUUGGUGCCUUCGGUUCGCGCGGAAAUUGAUCGCACGAUCAUCCUCACUUCGAACAAGGAUGCCAUGCUUGCUAGUGUCCUGAAUCCGAUUCCGGCCGCCAAGGGUCGUGGAGCUGGGUCCAGUCUCAUUCCGUUCUUGGUCCGGGGCUACUCUGAUCAAAUGGAGGUCGAAGCUUUGGUUCGUCCUAGAAUGCCCGUUCUGAUGACUGCACCGGAGCUAGAUGCCUAUGCCGAGAUGGAAGAGGAGGAGGAAGCUGAUGAGAUGGCUGAUGUACAAUCCAACACGAAUUUCAGACCUGCUAGCUUCCUGACAGAGCCGGCUGCUACCCCUGUUGAGGUCCAGAAGACCGAGACUUCCGCGGCACCGCUGCACAAGCGGACUUAUUUUGAAGAGACCAGCGCUGAAUCUCACGCUUCCCCGGCAUCGGAAAAUAAGCCUGUGCAGAUCAAGAAAGCUCGUUUCGAAGAAAAGACCGAAGCAGCUACCUCUGUCCCCGCAUAUCAACCUACUAAGGUUGAAGCCUCGAUGGUCCCCAAACAAGUUCCGGCUACUUCGCAGGUGCCAGUAACCCAAGCAACAUCGCAAAUCACCGCAGGAGCGCCAUUGCCCGUGGAUGAUAGUGAUGACGAGCUGCCCACUUUGAACAUCGACCCUGACACCGAUGAUGAUGAUGACGAUGAGGAGGGCGAUGAUGAUGUAGCAAUGGAAGGAUAA